ACCCGGUAUCUUUGCAAUUAGAUUCUCCGUGGUGUACGUGGACAAACAGUCCAGCAAAAACUACAUUCGAAUCCAGCCGUGAUUUAGACUAGAUUCAUUUUCCGCCGGCGCCGGACGAAAAACAUGCCCGACACCAUAGAAAGUGCCGAAGAAAUCUCCGCUCCUCUAACAGUUCAAAAGAGCGAAGCAUCGUGGAGUUCUCCGGCGGACGGGGAAAACUCUCCGGUGGAGCAAGUGGCUCUGACGGUGCCGGUGACCGAUGACCCGACCUUACAGGCCGUCACGUUCCGGACGUGGGUUCUGGGGGCGCUGGCCUGCUUCCUCCUCUCUUUCCUCAACCAGUUCUUCUGGUACCGCCGCGAGCCGCUGACCAUCAGCUCAAUCUCCGCCCAGAUCGCGGUGGUGCCGCUGGGGCACUUCAUGGCGAAGGUGGUGACGCGGCGCGUGUUCUUCCAGGGGCGGAAGUGGGAGUUCACGCUCAACCCGGGACCGUUCAACGUGAAGGAGCACGUGCUGAUCACCAUCCUCGCCAACUGCGGCGCCGCUAAUCCCUACUCCAUCCACGUCGUCACCGCCGUCAAGGUUUUCUACCGGCGGGCGUUGAGUUUUUGGGUUGCGUUGACCGUCGUGGUGACGACGCAGGUUUUGGGGUUUGGAUGGGCGGGGAUUUUCCGCCGGUUCUUGGUGGAGCCCGCUUCCAUGUGGUGGCCCCAAAAUCUCGUCCAAGUCUCUUUGUUCAGGGCAUUUCAUGAUAAAGAAGAAAGAGGCAAGGGUGGAUUGACAAGAAACCAGUUUUUCCUAAUGGCCUUCAUCUGCAGCUUUGGUUAUUAUGUAUUCCCAGGCUACAUUUUCCCAAUGUUAUCAUCAAUUUCCUGGUUAUGUUGGCUAUAUCCUCGUUCUGUGUUAGCCCAACAACUCGGUUCUGGCCUCAAAGGUCUUGGCAUUGGAGCCGUCGGGCUCGAUUGGUCCAGCAUAUCCUCCUACAUUGGAAGCCCUCUAGUCAGCCCCUGGUUUGCAACUGUUAAUGUUGCAAUUGGAUAUGUUCUUAUCUUGUAUGUUGUAACUCCUGUCAUGUACUGGAACAAUGUUUACAAAGCCAAGAAUUUCCCUAUAUUUUCAGAUGGCCUGUUUAAAUCCAACGGUGAAGAAUACAACAUUUCUGGGAUAAUAGAUCAGGAUUUCCAUAUUGACAUGGAGGCAUAUGAGCAAGAAGGCCAUCUUUAUCUCAGCACCAUCUUCACCAUGACAUAUGCUUUCAGUUUUGCAUGCUUCGUCGCCACCAUUGUUCACGUCGCCCUCUUCCAUGGACCAGAUCUAUGGCAGCUUAGCAAGUCUGCUUUCCAAGAGAAGAGUAUGGAUGUUCAUACAAAGCUGAUGAAACGAUACAAAGAAGUUCCCGAGUGGUGGUUCACCGGGAUCUUGCUUGUGAACAUUUCUGCAACCGUGCUGAUAUGUGAAUGCUUCAAGAACCAGCUGCAGUUGCCAUGGUGGGGCGUCUUGCUCGCGUGUGGCUUCGCCUUCGUUUUCACCCUUCCCAUUGGUAUAAUCACUGCUACCACAAACCAAACUCCUGGUUUAAAUGUGAUUGCAGAAUACAUAAUCGGGUACUUGUAUCCAGGAUACCCAGUUGCUAACAUGUGCUUUAAGGUGUAUGGGUAUAUCAGUAUGAAGCAAGGGCUAACUUUUCUGCAAGACUUGAAACUUGGGCAUUACAUGAAGAUUCCUCCCAGAGCAAUGUUCAUGGCUCAGGUGGUUGGGACCUUAGUGUCAGCAGUGGUGCAUCUCGGGACAGCGUGGUGGCUGAUGGAAACCGUGCCAUAUAUCUGUGACCGGGGGCAGCUACCCCCGAGCAGCCCGUGGACUUGCCCGGGUGAUCAUGUGUUCUAUGAUGCCUCGGUCAUCUGGGGUUUGAUUGGUCCGAGGAGAAUCUUUGGAGAUCUUGGCUAUUACUCAGCCAUAAACUGGUCUUUCUUGUUUGGAGCUGUGGCUCCUGUUUUGGUCUGGGUGGCAAGUAAGGCCUUCCCAAACCAGAAUUGGAUUAGGUUGAUCAUAGUGCCUGUGCUGCUUAGUGGAACCAUAAACAUGCCACCUGCCACUGCUGUGAACUAUAACAGUUGGGUUAUCAUUGCUUUUGCUUCUGGGUUCAUAGCUUAUAGGUACUAUAGGAAGUGGUGGAGUCGCCACAAUUAUGUUCUGUCUGGGGCAUUGGAUGCAGGAUUAGCAUUCAUGGGAGUGUUGUUGUAUUUGUGCUUGGAGAUGGAACAUGUUAGCCUGGAUUGGUGGGGGAGCCGUGUAGAUGGGUGCCCUUUGGCUUCUUGCCCAACUGCACCGGGGGUUUUGAUUGACGGUUGUCCGGUAUUUUGAACAAGGGAUCUGAUAUUCUGCGUACAAGGUGUCUUCACUACCAAGUUUAUGUCGAUUGGUUGCGAACACCCUAUGAACAAAAAUUGGGAAACAUGGGAGAGGAAAUUCAUAUGGGUAAAAAGCAUUUUUCCAACUAAAUAUAAUGUUGUUUUGUUUUGUUUUCCAACUUUAGCUUUUGUCUCAUUCUUACACUUCAUCUUGUAUUCACAAAGCAAUUAUUGAAAAAUAUUAAACGUUCUUUGUC